AUGGAGAUUGACGGCCCUAAAGACGUUGACUUUUUUUUAAAAUCAGCAAAUACUUUGAAAGAUUUUGAAAUUGAAGGGCUUGAUGGGAAGACGCUCCCUGAUCCUUUCAACAUCAUAAAAGAAUUUCGCUCAAUCGCAGGGGAGGCCUCUCUCAAGUUUUCCAAAACUGAUUCGGAGGCUAGUCUUGAUUGGGAGCUAGAAGCUAAACUAUGGCAUAUACUAGAGUUACUAUUGAACUAUAGAACGUCAGAUCACGAUCUGGAUACAAUUGAUGUGCAUCCAUUCAAUUCUAAUGCUGUCAUGGAAAAGGAGCUUUUGCAAAAAAAUAGGGAACUUUACCAGAUUUGGAUUGUUAUCGUUUGGAUUCAGGACAACAUGAAACCGGUUGAAAGACCCUCCAAUCUUCCGACUUCAAAAUGGUCAAAUACAAUAAUUAGUGGUGGACUAAAAAGUUGCGAUCUAGACUUUCCUCUACGUGACUCCGAGGCAGAGAUAGAUCCAAGGGAUAAAGAAGAAGAUAAUGUUUUUUUUCGGUAUCUUUUUGAGCUGCUAAUUGCAGGAAAGUUCGAGGAGGCCAUAGAAGCAUGCGGACUUACAGAUAAUUUAACGAUGAGCAUGAUAUUAACUGGGAUGCAAGAAUACAUGGACCCAAACAUAGACACACAGCUAGGUGACGAGCUUGAGACUCAUCAGGGGAUUAAAAAGCAUGCAUUAUGGAGAAGAGCAGUUUUCUCUCUUUCACAGAACCUCGAACUGAGUUCUUAUGAACGUGCAAUUUACAGCUUUCUGGCAGGUGAUAUACCGCCUGACAAAGUAUUGGCUACUUCAAGCUGGGAUUUAGCACUUUUAUUCUAUUUGAACAAAAUCUUACAGACUGAAAUUGAAAACUACCUGUUACAAAACAACAAAAUCGAAAAAGGUGAACUAAUACUUGGAGGUCUAUCUUCACAAUCGCCAAGCAUUCAAAACGUUCUAGAUAUAAUAUCUGCUAGAUAUGAAAGUGAAAGCGAGCAUCCAUUGAGAGUAUUGAUUGCGGCAGUAAUAUUGGAUACAUUGCCAUCCGUUCUUCAUUCCUCAGUCGAAGUGCUGCUAGAUAUUAUCAAAGGUGUUACCACUGAAGACUAUCUGGGGGAGAACCCUUAUCUGUUAAGGGUUGUGACGCACAUAAGUAUCGUAUUGGAUAUCAUAUCUCCAGGAUUUGUGUCUUCAUCAGACAAAUCGAAACUUAUUACUGCCUAUGUUAGCAUAAUGAAAUUACGUGGCCUAUACGAAAUUAUUCCUAUAUAUAUCAGUUUCUUAGAGGAAGAAGAUAUCAUAGAAGCGUUUUCAUUCAUUCUUUCCACGUUGAAACAUCCAGAGAUUAGGACUAAACAAAUUGAAAUCGCAAAUUUCCUCAAGUUGCCUACUUCAAAUAUCCUCAGAAAAACGACACAACGAGUCUUUAUGGAAACAGAAGAUGAUUAUACUCCAAAAGGUGAAAUAGAAGUUACAACUGUUGUUUCAGAAGUCGACAAGCACUUGAUCCUCGGCGUUGAAUGGCUGAUUGAAGGCAAACUUUAUAUUGAUGCUAUGGAUUCAGUAAUUGCUCUAUCUAGAAGAUUCCUGUUGAAUGGUAGAAUAAAAUCGUUGGAAUACUUUAUGGAUCAUAACAAUAUCGAGAAUCUGAUAAAAAAUUAUGAUUUGGAGAAAAUAUCCAAUCGAAUUUUUGCUGAUGAAGGAGAUGAUAAGACAAAAGAACUCUUAGAUUAUAGAUUAUUGAUUGAUGAACUAAAAAAGCAUGAAGAAUGGCAAAAAAUCGUAGGUUUACUAAACUCUGAAUCCAACAUUCCCUCAUUAAUAGAAAAAUUCCAAGAGUAUUCCAGAGGUACGCAUGAUUUGAUAAAAGGCUUUCUAGUUGAACUCUCGGAAUUGGAGAGUCAUGCUGAUAAAGACAUUUUUUUCGAGAUAAGAGCUCUGUAUACCCCUUAUUUGAUUAUCGAACUUCACAAGGGAUUAGUUGAAGCGGCAAGUCUAUUAAGAAUACCUACCUUUAUUAAGGAUGCUCUAAACAUUGCCAAUUUAGUAGCGAACGAAGCCGAUAAAAUAUAUCUCUUGUUUCAAUCAAGCGGUAAAUUGAAAGAGUAUCUACGUCUUGUUGCUCGUACAGCAACUCUCACAGGGUCAGAUUUUUUAUAA